AAAAUGUGAAUGUCAAUCUUUUAAUUGUAAUGGUUAAUUUACUUACUAAUUGUUGGUGUUUUACUUUUUAUCAAUCAACUUGAUGUCUAUUGUUUAAACACUACAAUUUAUCAAGAGGCCUUCAUCUUGCUUCAUGUUAACUUUAUCUCCAAUUAAUGAUCACAAUUGAUUAUCCAUCAUCUUUAUUAUCAACGUUUGAUUAUUUUACUUUUUCUCAACUAAAAGUGGUUACCAUUGUGAUUAAGAACAAUCUAUUUUUUUUUUCUUCCACACUGUAAUUGAUUACAGAAUUAAUUCUGUUAAUUCUGUUUGUUGUCUCUCCAACUAUACUUUCUCUCUGUUAAUUAUCUCAUAUUUGUCUUGGUAUUUUCACAUUCAAUUUGUUUUUCUUACGUUGAUCAACUUUUUCUUAGUUGAUUGUUGAUUUGUUUUUUUUUCUUGUUUUUGGUAAACAAUUUCAAGGAACACCAUCGAAAUCCAUGCAAUGGCUUCUCUCAAGGAGAAACAAUUGAAACGCUACCAAUUGAAUAUAUUUUCAUCUCUAUUCCUUGGCUAUGGAAGCUAUGGACUUAAUCGUAAAAGUGUUUCCUUGGCGAUGCCUUCGAUGAUGGAAUCGGGAUUAGGAACAAAUGAAGCUGGUUUAAUUGCUAGCAGUCAGAAUUUGGCUUAUGCUAUAAGUAAAUUUGCCGGUGGUCUUUUAUCUGAUCGUAUAUCUGCUCGUUUACUUUUCUCAAUUGGAUUAAUCACCAGCGGAUUGAUCACAAUUGUCUUUUCUCUCAGUGAAUCAAUUCCCGUUUACACCUUCCUUUGGUUUCUCAAUGGCCUGGCACAAGGAGCUGGUUGGCCUGCGUGUGCCAAACUACUUCGAGAGUGGUAUGAUCCAAUUUCUUUUGGUACAUGGUGGAGUUUACUAUCUGCUAGUACAAAUAUCUCCGGUGGAAUAUCACCUUUCGUUGCUGCCUUUUUAACCACGACCUAUGGUUGGCGAACUAGUAUUUUCUUUUCGGGAGCAGUUUCCGUUUUCUUUGGAGUUGUCGCAUUUAUUUUCGUCAUCAAUUCCCCAACUCAGGUUGGAUUAAAAGGCUUUAAUCAAAGUUCUAAACAACAAGACAAGAAAGGUAAAUCUCAAGGGAAAGAAACUAUCGCCGAUCUAAUUAAAAGUCCAAUGUUAUGGAUCGUCGCUAUUUCUUACAUGAGUGUUUUCUGCUCCAAGACGAGUUCCACUGAUUGGGGUCAAGUUUAUUUGAUCGAAGAGAAACAAUCUCAAUAUGUUGCCAGUGGAUUUACAAGUAGCAUUGAGAGCGGUGGUUUCGUUGGUUCCAUUCUUGCUGGUUGGUUAACUGAUGUUUUUCUUAAACUUCGUAAAGAAAAAAACACGGUCAAGGGUCGAAUGCCAGUGGCCAUUUUAAUGAUGAUCGGGGUUGCCGUUUGUUUCCAUUUACUCUAUUUCCAAGUUACACCGGAUACACCGAAAUUCACAAUAGCUUCAAUUGGCUUCGUUCUUGGUGCUUGUCUUUAUGGGCCAAUUGCUUUGUUCGGUAUACUAGCGACAGAAUCUGCUCCUUCUCACCUUUCGGGUACUGCUCACGCAAUUGUCGCUUUAUCGGCCAAUGUUGGUGCAAUUAUCUCGGGAUUACCGUUUAGUUAUGUUGCCGCUUACUAUUCAUGGGGAUCCAUUUUCUUCCUACUCGAAGUGAUUACUAUUGUCACUGUUUUGAUUAUGUGUUCAUUUGUUAAAUUUAUUCCAACCGUUAAACGGAAAGCGGCUUAAUAAGUGGACAUAAGUUAAGAAAUUGUAUUUUUUUUUGGACAAAAACUGUUGUUAAUGUGCAUUUAAUUACAACGAAUCAAACACAAUUGUUACCUAGUUUUCAAUGUUUAUAUGAUCAAAAAGUUUUUUUUUGGCAUUGAUGAAAAUAAAGAUUAUUUACAAUUAAA